AUGAAUGCCAUGUGCUAUAUCGAAUUGGUUGAGAUUUUGGUUAACUACUUGGAGACUAAAAGGUACCUUGACGUGUGGGAUAUCCUUCUUUGGGAAAGAAUAAGGCUUUCAUUUCCAGAUAAACAACUUGGAAGUCGAGUCAUGCUUACAACUCGAAGAGAGGACAUAGGAUCGUAUUCUUUUGGAGUUGAAAGCCAUGUUCACAAGAUUCAACCACUGGAAAGGAGAGAGCUUGGGAGCUCUUCAGCAUGA